AUGCCUGGCCUCUGCGCGCUGCUGCUGCCACUCGCGGCGGCGUCCGAGGCACCGCUGUGCACGUGCGACCAGGCAUCCAAGGACCCACUCGCAAAGGAGUAUGCUUACCGGAGCGGCAUCUGCGCUGGCUCUCCUCCGCAACUCGGUGCCGGCGACGAAACAACAGUUUGCCAGGAUGCGGUGCACGCGGAGUACAACAAGAAGGGCCGUUUCAACGGCGCGGAGCCCGAAAAUUUCAACGCAUCAAGCGUGGAUCGCUACCCAGUCUUCAAUGGUGUGAGCCACGUCCGCCUCCCGGCCGGCGUCGUCACCGAGCAAUGGUCUUGCCGUGAGUCAAACGCGUGUGGGGACUGCGACCCUGCGCACAAUCCUCGGCAGUGCAGUGAUGAGCGCGGGUAUGCAUACCUGUGGGUGCCAGAUGGUGCAAACUCCUCGACGCCACGCAUCCUCUACGUCCACGGCGGCUCCUGGCGCACGGGAAGCCCGGAGUCAGCAAGCUAUGCGCCUUUCUGCGCUAUGAUUGCUAAGACGGCUAAAAUGCCAGUGCUCGCGCUCGACUACACGCUAACGCCGGUGGGAAACUUCUCCGUCAUCCUCGCACAGAUAGGGCGCGCGCUCCAUUGGCUCGCCACCCAUGAGCCGCUCGCCAUCGUCGCCGGAGGGCCAGCCGCGGCCGCAGAAGCCUCCACCGCGCUGAAUAAGGCGCCUAUGCUUUUCGUUGCGGGCGAUUCUUCCGGUGGUGGAUCCGCGGCGUCCGCGCUACUCGCACAGGCUUCUGCCGGCCUCCCGGGGGCAGCGGGAGCGGUGCUCUCUGGCGGUGUUCUCUUCUCGCCGUGGCUCAACCUGCAGUGCGACACGCCAUCGUACGCAUCGCAGAUAUUCACACUGGAAGACGUCCAUAGCUCUACCAGAGAGGAGCCCCGCACACCAGAGCAAUGCCGCAUCCCAGGCCUGGAUGGCCAGGGUAAGCUAGCCAAAGUGGCCAUCGGGGGCGAUAUCGCCUAUGCUGGCUACCCGCACUCGCUCUCAGCCAGCUUUGCUGACAUUGGAGAGGUGUACGCGGGGAGCGCUGCCAUGGCACAGGAUCCGGUCGCGUCGCCAAUGAAGGCUUUGCCCUCCACGCUUGCACGUUUGCCACCGGUGCAAGUGCACGUGGGCGUCGGCGAACUACUAGCCUCGGAGAACGUCAUUUUUGCAUCCAAGAUGGCGGGGGCAGGGGGCGCGUGCGAAUUGCACACAUACGACCAAAUGUGGCAUGACUUUACCAUGUACUAUGAAGGGUGCGAUCACCCCAGAGUCUCGAAGCUCCUCUUUGCGUACUCGUCGCUCAACCUGACAGCCACUUUCCUCAACCGGCUUGCGGAGAACGCCGGGCAGGUGCCUUGGCGGCGCAACGGGGCUCCAUUCUCUUGGACGCACUUCGAAUACCCGAUAGGCGUCGACACCGCAAUGGAGCCGUACUAUGCAGCGAUGCACAGGCCGCCUCCGCGCGCGUUUGAAGCGAUGCAGCAAAUGAGGGCCACAGCAGCUCCCAAGAGGAGGCUAAGCGUCGUUGCUGGCCUUUUCCUCUCUACGACCUUUGUCCUGCUACUCGGCACCGCGCGUUCCAACCGCCCAGCACGAAUUGCACCGCCACGCGCCGCGCACCACGCUUCGUUCGACCUGUCUGCGGGCACCUUCCUGUCGACGCGGGUGGGCGACGGCGAGGAGGUGAUUGGCAAAAGGCUGUGA